UUGAGUUCGGGUGGGACUCCUAUCACGUAACGUCAGACACUCCUCCCAAGCACCCGCGGAGGAGGAACGGACACACACAACCACCACCCUGCCCUCUCCUCGGUCGCUGUCUGCGUGCGACUGCGAAGAAUUUCGGAGCAAAGUCAGAGAGACAACAACGUGAGAGGACAAGGAGUUGAAGGAUAUAUAUUUAGCCAGAGGUCGCCUUUUGUGUCCGAGAGGAAGGGGACAGUGCCUGAGGAGGAAAGCAAAGCAAGGACGAGAAGGCUAGAACUACUUUUUGAAAUCCAAUGAUUUUCUUCAUGUCGAUUUUGUGUUUACACUCGAGGUUACAAGCGCCACGUUUUAGCACGUUGCAAACUUCAUUGCAUUUGCGACUGGGUCUUUGCUAGCCGUUAGACAUUUUAGUGGACUAUUUUGUAUUGGUGGUGUCUUUUCCCCUUUCAAAAUGUUUUGAAGUAAACUCAGGUAAUGGCACAGAAGUCAUAUAAACAAACACUGCAACUGUCUCGUGGGCAGCGUCAGUGUUUCCCUUUAUUUUUGAACAACACGAGGAACGCGUGGUGAGAGCGCCCUUGCUGCAAUAACUUUUGCCCCAAAACAAAAGAUUUCGUCUGUGAGCAAGGAAUGGGGCGUGCAUGGCAGCGUCAGAGCAACGAGGCAGUCGUUGAUUUUUCCAAUCUUUGAUUCCCCUCUCGUUUUUUUGCCUUGUUAUUUACUGUUGAAUGUAUUCGCCGUUGACAAUUACUGCAAAGCCACAGUAGACGUCGCGCGACCGUUUCACUAUCACGUAUCACGUCCACAGACCUCUGAAGAAAUGGAAGGUCAGGAUGACAAAGGGAAUAAUCUGCCGAGGCCAGAUAAGAGAUUUGGGCUCUGGUACAUGGGAUGGUCCUCGCUCGAUCGACGGACUACCCUUCCUAUGCUGCCUUGGCUGGUGUCAGAAAUCCGGAGGAAAAGUGAGAAGAACGAAUCAGGUCCCGGCCAAGCCAGGGAAGUUUUUUUGACACUCAUGCCUCCCCUAAUCCGAUGUGUGCCUGCAAACAGCACCAACGCGUCUGUGUUUAUAUUUGAGCACAAGGCGCAGUACAUAUCACGGUUCAUCCACAACAGUCAUGACCCCCUCUCCUUCGCCUACCUUAUCCGGAGCCAGCCCGAUAACCCCGAGUCUGAGAUGGCAUGCCAUGUCUUCAGGGCUUGCGACCCAAACCAGGUUCCCGAGGUGAUCGGCAGCAUCCGUCAGGCGUCCAAGGUUGCCUUGAAGGAGGACUCCAAGCCGAAACAAGAUGGCGGCAGCAGCGGAGGUAGCAGUGGCAGCUGCGGUAACAGCACCGCUGACGAGUCCUUCUACAACUCACAGAAGUUCGAGGUGCUGUACCGCGGCAAGGUGGCGGUGGCCAGCAAGAAGACCCCGCCCACGCUGGUGGACGACUGCAUCGACAAGUUCCGCCAGCACGAGGUGGAGCGCAAGCGCCUGCGUCUGCUCAACGGCCAGCGCCACUCCACUGACAACUGCGCCCCCGUACAGUUCAUCGUCGGGGGCGAUGACCCCCUGGGCGCCGCCCUGAGCGAGAGCGCCACGGAGGCCGAAGAGGCGGAGGAGGCGAUGGUGCCGGGAAACGGAGCUGGAGGUGACACAGAGGAGCUCCCCAUGGUGGACCCCCUGGGCGGAGGGCCCGUGUUUGGGCUGAGCAGCAGCGCCAGCGUGGGGAGCCUCCGCAGCGCCUUCCCCGAGUGCAUCCUGGAGGACUCCGGGUUCGAGGAGCAGGACGGCGGGGGAGGGAGGCAGGAGGUGCGCGCCCGCUGCAACAGCCUGGCGGGCAGCGUGCAGAGGAGGCCCCGCGACGCCUCGCUCAAGGCGGCGGCGUCCGCCAGGAGACGCCACGCCAGCGCGCCCAGCAACCACGUGCAGCCGUCCGACGCCGAGAAGAACCGCACCAUGCUCUUCCAGGUGGGCCGCUUUGAGGUAAAUCUAAUCAGCCCAGACUCCAAGACGGUGGUGCUGGAGAAGAAUUUCAAAGACAUUUCGUCUUGCUCUCAGGGUAUCAAGCAGACGGAUCACUUUGGCUUCGUCUGCAGAGAGCCGGUGGAGUCGGGUGGGCCCAGUCAGUACAUGUGCUACGUCUUCCAGUGCGCCAGCGACUCUCUGGUGGAUGAGGUGAUGUUGACUCUGAGGCAGGCCUUCACCACGGCGGCAAACCUACGUAACGAUAAGACGCUGGUCAAACUGUGCGAGGCCUGCCCCAUGCACGCCCUGCACAAGCUGUGCGAGCGCAUAGAAGGCCUGUACCCUCCGCGGGCCAAGCUGGCCAUCCAGAAGUAUCUCUCCCAGCUCUCGGAUAACGAGCAGGUGGACAUCUUUGAGCGUGUCCAGAGGAUGAAGCCAGGUUCUGACCAUGAGGAGAAUGAGCUGGUGAUUCUGCAUCUCAGGCAGCUGUGUGGGUCCAAGCAGAAAGCCCACGUACACAUCGGAGAGGGCCCGCAGAAUGCUGUGAGCAGCAGUAGCAGCAGCACGUCAGCGGACAGCUCCACCACGGGCCGCUCCAAACUGGACGUCCUGAAGAACAAGGCCAAGGCCUCCCUCACCAACUCCCUGGAGAACAUCUUCUCACGGGGGGCGAACCGUAUGCGUGGACGAUUAGGCAGCAUGGGCAGUAUGAGCAGCUUCGACCGUCAAGACGAAUCUCCCGGUGACUCCCCUCCCGGCACGCCCCCCAGUUACCUUGACGACGACGGCGGUGGUGACGCCGCCCCCUUCCGUCGCCGUGCCCACACCUUCAGCCACCCUCCCGCCAAGAAGAAGAUCUCCUUCAACGACACCCCGGCACCCGCCCCCAAGGCGCCCCCGCUCCGACGACAGCAGUCCGUGGCCCCCGAGCUCCUUCAGAGCAGCCCCGUGGGCCCCCGGCGAAAGCGCAGCGUGUCGGAGAGCGAGUCCACCUUGACCUUCAGCCUCCCCCCCUCCUUCUCCACCCCCAGUUUCCUGAAAAGUAUUUACCAGGGCUCGCUGGGCUCGCUCACCUCCCUCUCCGACCUCGGGAACCCCCUCAAGAGUAAUGGCGAGGGCCGGAAGAGGACCCUAUCAGGGUGCAGCAACGACUCCCUGACCACGCCCACACACACGCCCCGCAGAGUGUCCUGGCGCCAGAAGAUCUUCCUCAGGGUGGCCACCCCACAGAAGAACCAGAGCUCCAUGCACACAGACAUGGAUGGGCGGGAGCUGCUUCCUCUGUCUCCGCGGCAGGGCCUGGAUCAGGAUCCCCUGUCCCGCCUGCUCUGCCCAGAACAGGAGCCCUUCAGCGGGGAGAGCGGCCGGCGCAGCCCUGCCGAGUACCGCUCCCUCUGGAGGAAGGCCAUCCACCAGCAGAUACUGCUGCUGCGCAUGGAGAAGGAGAACCAGCGCCUCGAGGCCAGUCGAGAUGAGCUGCACAUCCGCAAGAUGAAACUGGACUACCAGGAAGUGGGCCAGGACUCCAAGGAGGUGCAGGCCUUCUGGGAGAGGAAGCUGAGCGCUCCCUGUAGGGCCAAGGUCCAGUGGGACAAGGAGGACCUGCAGUACCUCAGCCAGGGUGUGCCUAAGACCAGGCGUGGUGAGGUGUGGCUGGUCCUGUCUCAGCAGCAUCGUCUCAAGCAUCGCAUAGCCGUGAGGCCUCCGCCCCCAGACACCCCCUACCAGGACCUGCUCAAGCAGCUCACCGCCCAGCAGCACGCCAUCUUGGUAGACCUGGGUCGGACCUUCCCCACCCACCCCUACUUCAGUACUCAGCUGGGUGCCGGUCAGCUGUCCCUGUACAACCUGCUGAAGGCCUACUCCCUGCUGGACACCGAGGUUGGCUACUGCCAGGGCAUCAGCUUCGUGGCCGGCGUGCUGCUGCUGCACAUGAGCGAAGAGCAGGCCUUCGACAUGCUCAAGUUUCUCAUGUACGACCUGGGAUUCAGGAGACAGUUCCGCCCAGACAUGAUCUCACUGCAGAUCCAGAUGUACCAGUUGUCGCGGCUGCUUCAUGACUACCACCGGGGGCUCUAUAACCACCUGGAGGAGUUUGAGAUCUGCCCCAGUCUCUACGCCGCCCCCUGGUUCCUCACCCUCUUCGCGUCGCAGUUCCCCCUCGGCUUCGUGGCACGCAUCCUCGACUUGUUGUUUGUGCAGGGUUUGGAGGUGAUCUUCAAAGUGGCCCUGUGUCUGCUGAGUAGCCACGAGGGGGAGAUAGUGGAGUGUGACAGCUUCGAGACCAUUGUGGACUACCUCAAGACCAACCUGCCCACACUCAGCCAAGUGCAGAUGGAACAGACCAUCGCAAAGGCGUCGGACAUGGACAUCUCCAAGCAGCUGCAUGCGUACGAGGUGGAGUACCACGUGCUGCAGGACGAGAUGGUGGACGCGCUGCCCCCCUCGGAGGACGCCGAGCGCAUGGACAAGCUGGAGAAGGCCAACGCACAGCUCAAGAAGCAAAACAUGGAGCUGCUCGAGAAACUACAGGCGGCGCGCAUGAAGAUCCAGAGCCUGGAGGUGAACGUGGAGAACUUCGAGUCACGCGAGAGCAACCUGAAGCACGCCAUCCGAUCGCUGGAGCAGGAGAAGGCCUCCUACCAGAAGACCAUCGAGCGCAUGCGCAGCAGCCUGCCCAGAGACCCCAGCAACGCCAGUCUGGUGGAGCUCACGCACAUCACGCACAAGUCCAACGGCAAGGCCAAGGCUAAUACUACUACCAGCGGGGCUGCUGCUAAUGCUAACGCUAAUACCGCUACGAGCCCCAACAAUAACAACAACAACACCCUGAGCUCUAGCGUUAGCGCUGCCUCUCUGGCCGCCAUGGUUGGGAAGAAGCAGUGAGGGGGAGGGGGGGGGGGUCCAAGGCUGCCCAUACUGUCCCUGCCCCUGCUCCUGUCCCCAUUGCCCCCACCACCACCACCUCCAUCCUCAGCAGCAGUGGCACUACGUCCACCCUGGUCAUCAUUGGUGCGAAGAUGCAGUGAUGGGGUGCCAACCGUGUCAGUGGCACCACCCACCCCUUGCCACCGUCACCCACUCCCUUGCCACCACCAUGGCUAUUGCUGCCACUGCUGCCCCAACACCACCACCACCACCACCUCCAUCCCCAGUAGCGGUGGCAGUACCUCCACCCUAUCCACCAUGGGUGCGAAGACCCAGUGAUGGGGGGAAUCAACAGAGGCAGUGGCAGCACCCACACCCUUGACACCACCAUGUCUACUGCUGCCACUGGUGCCCCCAACAACACCUCCACACCCCAAAGUGGCACCGCCACCUCCCUAGCAGCCUGGCCACCACACUAUGGCACCUCCCCAGUACCCUGGCGACCAAGAAGCCACACCAUGGCCAGCGAGGAGUACUGAGGGGGGCCAAGCCAAGGCUGCCACUGCCAUCGCCAUCGCCACCCCCCUUCAAAAACUCCUCCCUCCUCAGCAGCCAGAAGACAGAACCUCCACCCUCGCCACCACCACCUCUACACCUCACAGUGGCAACGCCACCUCUCUAUUACCCGAGCCACCAUGCCAUGGCCAGCAAGAAGGCUGCCACCCUGCCACCGCCACCACCUUCAAACACAACUCCCUCCGCAGCAGCUACUGGUAGCUAGCAUGUCCACCAACACCACCACCACCACCACCACCACCCUCACCACCAUCACAACCACCGCCAAGGCCGGCAAGAAGCAGUGAGGGAGCCCAAGUAAAGGCUGCCACUGUCGCUACAUCUUUUCAAAAACAACUCCCUUCUCAGCAGCAGAGACAGAAGCACCACCCUCACCACUGCCACCACCGCCAUGGCAAGAAGCGGUGAGGGACGGAUGCAGGGAGGGAGGGAAGGAGGCCAAGGGCCCGACUGCGGCCCGCCAAGUGUUGCCCGUCUGCCCCGCCAGGCCAGAAGGCACGGCCAGGAGGAGUCUGUCUGUGUGAGCGUGUGUACAUAUGUGUAUGUCUCUGCACACACAUUUUUGUGUAAUAUGUAUGUGUGUGUGCGCACUUUGGUGUGUGUGUGUGUGUGUGUGUGUGUGUGUGUGUGUGUGUGUGUGUGUGUGUGUGUGUGUGUGUGUGUGCGUGUGCGUGUGCGUGUGUGGGCAUGGUAGCAAGGGGGUGUGGGGGUGGUGGCUUGGUGUCGGCUCUGGGAGGUUGAUGUGUCGGUCUGGCACGGGGGUGGAGGAGAGAGAGAGGGAUUGAGCGAGCAAGCGAGAGAGAGAAAGAGAGAAAGGGGGAGGGAGCGAGGGAGAGAGUGAGAGAAAGCUAGAGGUGGGGGGUGGGGAGCUGGAACAGAGUGGGCUUGACUGGCUGUGUGGGAGGCUUUGGCAGGCUCUCUAGUGCUGUCUCCCCUGUCACAGAGCUCUGGAGCUGCACUCAUCCCUCCCUCUCUCUCUCUCUCUCUCUCUCUCUCUCUCUCUCCCUCUCCCUUCUCUCUUUCCAUCCAUCCGUCUUUCUGUGCCUCUAUAUUUCUCACUCAAUCUCUCUCACGCACUUAUACAAACACACACACAUACACACACACACACACACACACACACACACACACACACACACACACACACACACACACACACACACAUUUUCUCAUCCUGUCCUUGGUUUUUUUUUGCCUCUCUCUCUCCAUUCCUACUUUUUUUUUCUGGCGUUUCUCUUCCUCUCGUUUUCUUUCCUCUGCCUGGUUUGGUUUUUGGCUGUUAUACUGUCUUCUUCUGUUUUUCUCCUUCUAGCCUGUUCCAUCCUUUCACUCCCUCCUGGCCCCCCUCUCUCUCUCCUCUCCUCACUCCCUCCUGGCC